GAGUAUACCAGUGGAGUUGUUGUCGGAGAGGGAGGAGGAACGUUCAGUGUUGAUAGGACGAAAAAAAGAGUGUAAAAAUAGCAUUUAAGCAGGAGGAUAUAAGAAAUUUAUUAUGGCGUCGGGGGACACCCUGUACAUAGAAGCGGACGGGUCAGAAAUGCCAGCCGAAAUAGUGGAACUGCAUGAAAUCGAAGUAGAGACAAUCGAGACAACAAUUGUUGGAGACGACGGUGAACAUCAGCCUAUGAUCGCCUUACAGCCUCUUGACACGGGUGAUCCAAACUCUAUUCACUCGCACCAAGAGGUGAUUUUGGUGCAAACAAGAGAAGAGGUGGUGGGUGAGGAUGACUCUGAACUGCACACGGAUGACGGUUUUGAGGACCAAAUCCUCAUCCCAGUGCCCGCCGUAGAGGAGGACUAUAUCGAACAGACUCUCGUUACUGUCGCUGGGAGAAGCUCGUCGACGGGCCGGAUGAAAAGGGCUGGAAGCGGAAAAAAAGGAGGCAAAAGGAGCUACCUGGGCGGGGGAGAAAUGGGUAGAAAAUGGGAACAGAAGCAGGUCCAGAUAAAAACGUUGGAGGGGGAGUUUUCAGUGACUAUGUGGGCAUCGGAUGACAAGAAGGACAUAGACCAUGAGGAGCAAAUCACUGGUGAAAAUUCUCCUCCGGAUUAUUCUGAAUACAUGACAGGAAAGAAACUUCCUCCUGGAGGCAUACCAGGCAUUGACCUCUCAGACCCCAAACAGCUGGCAGAGUUUGCACGAAUGAAGCCAAGAAAAGUAAAAGAAGACGAUGCACCCAGGACGAUAGCCUGUCCACACAAAGGAUGUACCAAGAUGUUCAGGGACAACUCAGCGAUGAGAAAACACUUGCAUACCCACGGGCCUCGUGUGCACGUCUGUGCAGAAUGCGGCAAAGCCUUUGUUGAAAGUUCAAAACUAAAGAGGCAUCAACUCGUACACACAGGAGAGAAACCUUUCCAGUGCACAUUUGAGGGCUGUGGCAAGCGGUUCUCUCUGGACUUUAACUUGCGCACACAUGUGCGUAUUCACACUGGAGAUCGCCCGUAUGUGUGCCCCUUUGAUGGCUGCAACAAAAAAUUUGCCCAGUCAACCAACCUGAAGUCUCACAUCCUCACACAUGCCAAAGCCAAAAACAACCAGUGAAACAACAAUGUGAUCAUACAAUGGAGUACUUGACAUGCUUUGUUGUGAGACAAGAAGUCCCAUUUGUAUCAUCAAGGUUUUUGAGAAAUGAUCUUUUCUCAAACUUUUUGAUAAACUAAUGGAGGGUUAAACAAGGAACUCGUGAGAACCCCGACUCCCUCAGGCCUCCUACCCUACUUUGGCGCUACCUGGAUGGAACAAUUUACACUUUCUUCUUGUGAAGAUGUUAAUUCACGGAUCUGCACCUAAAAUGUAUUUAUACCUUAACACAGCCAGGUCAAAGUCUUUGCAAGUUAUGUCAAAUUUGCAUCAAUCCUCAACAAUGACCUUUUCAAUUUUGUACUUUCCCCAAGUGUGCAUAUUGUACACUGUUUGACAUAAGCUCUGUGGUAAUGUAAGUAGUAAGAUUGUCCCCGUAGCCAUUCUUGGGUUUGUUUGUUUUAUCUCUCCCUUUCAUGUGAGUGUGGUUCUGGGGGGGGGUCUUUGCAUAUUUUCAAUUUGUACAACACAAUAUCAGAAUCAUGUAGAUAGUAACCAUGUUUCAAUAGUGAUCACCAAUUAAAAUGUUUCCCCCUUGCACUACCAA